CUCUGCGAUCUGCUGCGGGCAAACGGUGGAUUGUACCUCAAGAUUGGCCAAGCAAUUGCCAUGCAGAGCGCGGUUCUGCCGCCUGAAUUUCAGAGAAUGUUUGCCAGGAUGUUUGAUGAUGCACCGCAGGACGACUGGAAAGCUGUCGAGGCCGUUAUCCGAAAGGAUUUUGGGAAGAGCGUAGAGGAAGUAUUUGGGGUCAGCUUCACCGGCAAAGAGGGUUAUGGCGUCAUGGAGAGAAAGGCUCGCGCGAGUGCAAGCGUGGCACAAGUUCACUGGGCCAGGCUCCCGGAUGGCAGAGAGGUGGCUGUCAAGAUUCAGAAACCAGAGAUUGCAAAGCAAAUUGCCUCGGAUCUCUGGACUUUCAAGACUGUGACAUGGAUACUUUCAAAGCAAUUCGACCUUCCCCUCUAUACCCUAGUACCUUUCAUCUCCGAGCGUAUAGAGCUAGAGACAGACUUUCUGAGCGAGGCCAAGAAUUCGCAAACGAUGCGCCAGCUGGUCAACUCCGAGAGCCGUCUGAAGGGACGAGUCUACAUCCCCACCGUGUAUUCCGAUCUUACCACAAAGCGAGUCUUGACAACUGAGUGGAUAGAGGGCAUCAGGCUGUGGGAUAAGACGGCCAUGACGUCAAGAUGGCUAGGCGGGCGUGGAAAAGGCAGCCCGGGGGCAGGCUCCCCUUUGCCUCCCAUCGACAUGGACAUUGCCCGUCGCCAACUGCGUACAGAAGCCCACAGAGAGAAGAUCAAGCCGGAGCGCCAGGAGUGGAAGGGCUUGCAUGGAAGAGGAGGCCUUGGCCUGGGCACCAAGGAGGUCAUGACCACCAUGGUCGAUCUCUUUUCUGCCCAAAUCUUCAAAUGGGGUGUUGUUCACUGCGAUCCUCACCCGGGAAACAUUUUCAUUCGACGGCUUCCCAAUGGCCGUGCCGAGCUAGUCUUGAUCGACCAUGGCCUCUAUGUGUACAUGACGCCGACGUUCCGUCAUCAAUACGCCAGAUUCUGGAAAGCUCUCAUGACAUUCGACAACAGGGCCAUAGCUGACGUUACCGGGCAAUGGGGCAUCAAGGCGGCAGAUUUGUUUGCCAGCGCUACGCUGAUGAAGCCGUACGAAGGCGGUGAAAAUGUCAUGCAGAAAGACUUGAAGGAGUUGAAGGGCCUGACCAGGGCGGAGAAACACUAUGUCAUGCAGCGAAAGAUGAAGCAAGGGAUCCGAGACAUUCUUGCGGACGAAGACAAGUGGCCCAAGGAGCUCAUCUUCAUCGGCCGGAACAUGCGCAUCGUCCAGGGCAACAACCAGUUCCUGGGCUCGCCCGUCAACCGCAUCAAGAUGAUGGGCGAGUGGGCAAGCCGCAGUCUUUACGAGGACCCCAAUCUUCCCUGGAUACAGCGGAUGAACAACGUAUGGCGACACGUCAUAUUCAAGUCGGUCAUGACUGUGACGGACAUUGCGUUUUAUUUCUUCAAGCUGCGGCAGCUACUCGGUCUGGGCGGCGGCAUGGAAGAUGAGAUGGAGCAUCGCGUGAAGAAGAUGACGCAGUACGGCUUGGAGGAGACGCCCGAUUUAUUCGAAGGAUGAGAGGAAGUGGCUAUUGUUUAAAAAAAAAAAAGACAUGGAUGGGCAGCUGCUAUUGUUAUUGCUAUUUUCAUUCUCCAUUCAUCCCUUUCUCAUCCUUCAUGCUCCCAACUAUUUUGGCAGAGAGAGGCGCUGGACCGCAUUGCUUCUUUAUAGACGGAAAAAGCGGAGGGAAACAAGAGCGUUCGGCAGGCAUUCGAAUUAUAGGUACUGGUUAGGUUUGACGACGAUAAAAUGGACUGUAUGUAUAUGUGUGUACGAGUAUAGAUGGAACGAUCGAUAUACCACUCAUGUUUGCGACGAUAGUCGAUUGCUUUGGACUACCUUGACAUUCUUGCUGAGAACAUGGUCAGUAGUGAAGCUGUCGCAGCUGCAAAUCCUCCAACGCAGGCUUGUCGAGCACGAGUAAUUCAAGACAUUCUUGUACUCUUC